UUGUUCUCCAUUCACUUUAAUAGAACCAUGGAUUACAAGUGUGCUCUUAGGGAAGAGACGGCGCAGCUGGUGGCUGACUACCUGGAAUAUUGUUGCCGGAGGGAAGGCGCCCAGGAGCAGCCGGCCUCUACCCCAGCGGCAGCUACGCUGCGCUUGGUGGCGGGCGAGCUCCGCCGGCUUUACCAGGACUUCUUCGAGUGUGCCCAGAAUCAGCUACUCGACCGGGAACCUGAGCAAGUAAUCACCAACGUAGCGGAGCUCAUGGACCGAGGCGGGUUCAACUGGGGCCGGGUGGCGGUGCUAGUGGUUUUUGCCGGGGCGCUGCUGGAGAUGGAGGAACAGCAGAAAGAGGAGCAGGUACUGCAUCUUCGGAGGGAAACGAGCCGGCGCCUGACCGAAGAACUCUGCGACUAUCUGGUGGAGAAGAAGGGCGCGUGGUUGCAAGAGAACGGAGGCUGGACUGGUUUUCACCACCACUUCGCCAAAAGGCAAUCUCCACAAAGUGACUCAAGUAGUACCCUGUGCUGCAUAAUGGCAGCAGCAGCAGGAUUUGGACUAGUGGGGUUAGCUCUUUUAUUAGUCGUACGAUAAUGGAUUUUAAACUGUUUAUACCGGUCUUGGAAGUAAAGACCUAAGAGAUUUGGAAGAGGACCAGGUGCAGAAGACAGAAUGAAUGACCUACAAUUUGUUAAAGAUGAUGAAAGCAGGAGGAAGCAACCAGAUGAACACGAACAAGUAAAAACAGAUGAACAAGACUGUUAAAGGAGCAUUUGAAAAUGUGCAUCUUUUAGUUUUUGAUUAAGAACGAAUCAUCUUGAACAUUGCCAUAAAAACUGAUGAUGUCUUCAACCAAUGCUUCCCCUCAGCCACCCACUCACCUCCCAUUCUCCUUAUAAACUGGUUGGCUGUUCAAAGGCUUUUGUGGAAGGGAAUUUGAAAUGUUGGUACUUUCUUUUUUGUAAAAGCAGUUUGUGGUGUAUUUUAUAAAGUGAUGGAGAGAAGUCUCCUGUCUUAGCUAAGAUUUCAAAUGCUCUUAAUAAUGGGUAUCUGAUAUCUUUCCUUAUAAAAGUAUUGGAUGGCUACAGUUUAGUAAAUAGUUCAAAGUCCUCUGAAUUCUGGAAUUCCUGGGGUCUCUUAUCUCAAUAGAUCUUAAUAUAUUUUCAAAAUAUUUAUCACUUCAGUGUAGCCUC